AUGUGUAUAAGAGACAGGGUUGUAGACCAACCUAGAGCGACCGGAGCUAGAGGUGAGGGCUCCGGUGCAGCUAGACAGAAAGGGGUAGCUGGACGACCCCAACAGCAACAACAACAACAACAACAGCUGGGUAGAGUAUACGUUGCGACACACCAGGAAGCAGAAGAGGCUCUAGAUGUUGUAAUUGAUAGAGUGCUUCAGCGUUUGAAUGAGGAUUUGUUUAUCUCUAUGCCUAUAGGAGAUACUCUAAUUGUACAUGAGUAUUACAGGAAUUGUAAAUUACCAAGCUUACCACCUGACAGGGAAAAUGAGUUUACUAUCGAGUUAGUUCCAGGUACAACAUCUAUAUCCCAGGCACCAUAUAGUAUGGCACCAACAGAACUGAAGGAGUUAAAAGUUCAAUUACAGGAAAUUUUGAGGGUGAAAGACACAGAUGUUCCAAAGACUGCAUUCAGAACUAGGUAUGGACAUUAUGAGUUCCUAGUAAUGCCGUUUGGAAUAACGAAUGCUCCUGUGGUAUUUAUGAACUUGAUGAAUAGGAUAUUUCAUCUUUAUCUGGAUCAAUUUGUGAUAGUUUUCAUAGAUGAUAUACAAGUAUAUUCUAGUACUGCAGAAAAGCACAAAGAACAUCUGAGGAUGGUGUUGCAAAUGCUAAGGGAAAAGAAGUUAUAUGCCAAGUUUAGUAAGUGUGAUUUUUGGUUAAACCAAGUUGUAUUCCUUGGGCAUAUAGUUUCAGCGGACGGAGUUAGCAUAGAUUCCCAAAAGAUAGAAGCAAUAGUCGACUGGGAACAACCCAUGAAUGUAACAGAAGUACACAGUUUUCUGGGUUUAUCAGGUUAUUACAGGAGAUUCGUGGAGGGCUUUUCUAAGAUAGCUCUGCCAUUGACAAACUCUACCAGAAAAGAUGCAAAGUUUGAGUGGUCACCAGAAUGCAAGCACAAUUUUCAAGAGUUGAAACACAGGUUAGUAUCAGCACCAGUGUACUUACCUACAUCGGAUAAAGAGUUUGAGGUUUAUUGUGAUGCAUCCCAACAAGGGUUAGGAUGUGUGCUGAUGCAGGAAGGAAAGGUAGUAGCAUAUGUUUCUCGUCAGUUAAAGAAGCAUGAAUGUAACUACCCUACGCACGAUUUAGAGUUAACAGUAGUUGUGUUAACUCUAAAGUUGUGGAGACAUUACCUGUUUAGUGAGCGUUGUCAUAUACUCAUUGAUUAUAAAAGUCUGAAGUAUAUCUUUGAUCAGAAGGAGCUAAACUUGAGACAGAGAAGAUGGAUCGAGUUGAUCAAAGAUUAUGACUGUACAAUUGAUUACCACCCAAGUAAAAAAGCUAUGGGUACCAAGUUAUAUUUCAGUACAGCUUUUCAUCCACAGACGGAUGGUCAUUCUGAGCGGACCAUUCAGACACUAGAGGACAUGCUAAGAGCAUGUGUAUUGCAGUUCAAAGGUAGUUGGGAUACGCAUCUGUCGUUGAUCAAAUUUUCAUAUAACAACAGUUACCAUUCGAGUAUCGGAAUGGCAUCUUAUGAGGCACUAUACGAAAGACCAUGUAGAACUCCGAUAUGUUGGAAUGAAGUCGGUGAAAAGAAAUUACAAGGUUCAGAACUUGUGCAGCAGACAUCAGACAGUGUUAAGAUUAUAAGAGAUAAUCUUAAGACAGCUCGAGACAGGCAAAAGAGUUAUGUCGAUAAGCGGAGAAGAGAAUUGAAAUUUGAAGUUGGUGAUAAAGUAUUUCUUAAAUUAUCUCCGUGGAAAAGAAUACUCAGGUUGGACUUACCUCUAGAGUUAUCUCGUAUCCAUGAUGUGUUCCAUGUGGCAAUGCUUAGAAAGUAUGUGCCAGAUUCUACCCAUGUGUUGUGA